CUAUGAGGUCUUUUCCAAAAAUAAAAAAAAACUCAUGUAGAAGUCUCUUUUUCUUUGCUCCUGGUUAUUUUCAACAGUCAGACACCACAAAUCAACAGCCACUUCUCACAAAAUUAGGGCAAAUUUCGGUCCCCUCUUUCCUCUCUGACUGCAAUCGGUGGUUUGUGGUGGUGUUUCCUUUCUGCUCCGCCGACGGUGGUGGUUCGGUUUCUACUUUUUUUUUUUUUCUGCGGCGCUCACUUCUGCAGCCCGUCCUCUCCCUACGAACAGAUAAAUGGAUAGACUUAAGGAAGAAAAAAUACAAAGAUUCGAGGAAUUCGUUGACCGCCGCUUGAAACCUGACCUUGUUAAGGCCAUUGCUGAAAGGGACAAAGUUUUUGAACAGCAGAAAGUCUUCUCAGAUUUGAGAAAAAGUUUGGAGAAUUUGGAGAAGAAUGGUGUAACAAGUCUCAGGUCAAUGGUCAAUCUUGGUUCUGAAGUAUACGCACAAGCUGAUGUACCUGAUACACGUCACAUAUUUGUGGAUGUUGGGCUUGGAUUUCAUGUAGAGCUGACUUGGUCAGAGGCUUUGGAAAUCAUCCCUGCCAGGGAAGAAAAGCUGGCUAGGCAAAUCGAAGAAUACACUCGUCUCAUUGCUCAAAUUAAAGCCCAAAUCAAGAUGGUUUCUCAAGGAAUACGAGAGCUGCUACAAAUACCAGAGUGACUUUAUAUAAUUAAAAUGUUAUUGAGUGGUUGUUGUGGGAUCAAGUAAAGACGAAGACAUCGACCUCAUGUAAAUUCCACACUGAUGAGACCCACCUUGUCUAGUUGGAGGAAGAAAAAAUAUGAAAAAAUGUUUAGCCAAGUUGCUUUGCUUAGCUAGGGGGGUAGUUUUUGUUAGUUGCUACAAAUGGCUAUGACAUUGUAACAUUUACAAAUUAGGGCUACAAACGAGCCAAAGUGUAACCUAUGCUUGACUUGACGGUGUUAGACCAUGUUUUUGUCAGAUCUUUGUUAGUUUGUCCGUUUAUUUAA